GAUGUCAGUGACGGCUUCAACACCUCCCACAUUAUUCACCGCCUUGAGUUCGGCGAGCGUGUGCCGGGCGUGGAGUCUCCCUUGGAGGGCACUGCAAAGAUCGUGCUGAAGGGAGCCUACAUGUUCCACUACUACAUCAAAUUGGUGCCCACCCUCUUCGAACGAGAUGAUGGCAAGUCCCAGUACACCCACCAGUACUCGGUGACGGGCCAAGAGAAGGAUGUGUUGGUGCGGCAAGGAGAGCUGGCAGGGCUGCCAGGAGUUUUCUUAGUCUACGAGUUCACCCCCUUUAUGGUCCAGAAGAGCGUCAAGGAGGUGCCAUUUUCGCACUUCCUCAUCUCCGUCUGUGCCAUUAUUGGCGGUGUCUUCACGGUGGCUGGGCUGUUGGAUGCCUUACUCUACCGGACCACGAAGAGGCAGAGUUUAGUGCUCUAUGGACUUUUCAUGGUUCUAGCGGUGGCCGGUUGGAAAACCCAGGGUGAUGCUGGGUUGGUCUUGUUCAUGGAGGAUGAACUCACGACCAUGGGUGUCACUUACUUUGUGCAAACCGCGCCACCACUACCGGAGGUGCCUCAGGAAAGCCUCAACUGGCAUGUUGUGCGGAAACAGCCUCUGGAAGACGCUGAGCGCAUCCAGAAGCUGGAAAGAAGGAUCUUGGGUGCAGCCCACUUUCAGGUGGAACGCGAUGUCUUGGAAGAGUUCAGGUAUCGAGACUAUGAGCAAAAGCUUCAGGCGGAAGAACGAACAUGGCAGGCCCAGUUGUCGACCAUUCAGAAACUUCGCGCAGAGGCAGCGCAGAGAAGAAAGGUGCAACAUGAGGAGGUGGAGGACCGACGGAAGCAGAUGCAGGGGCACUUGGCCCAUGCCAGGGAAGCUAAGGUGAGCGACCAAGACGCUUCGUCCGCUCGCCGAGCCCGCGAGCUGAAGGAGGCGCAGCAGAAGCGCUUGGAGGAGCGGCGUAACGAACAGCUGGAGAGGUCCAAAGAAAUGGCUGGAAGGCUGAAAUCCAUGGAGGAUCAAAAACAGGUUCUCCAGGAACAGAAGCUACGCUCAGAGAAGGAGAAACAUGCCCGGUUGCAGGAAAAGGAGCACCAGAAGGCCGAAGCGCGAUUGCAGGUGCUGCAGAUUUGGCAACGUUCCGAAGAGCUCAGGAAAUAUGCCAACCAGAUGCUGGCCGCUGGUCAUCAUGAUGAGCUCUUCCAAGAGCUACAAGAGAUGAGGCUUGAGUUGAACUCGCCCUCGCCCUUCUCCUUCGCUGGCAGCCCGAACAGUUCUUCGUCGGCGAGUCCCUCCACGGGAAGCCGAAGUGGCUUUGCGCCCCCAAGCAGGACCAACCGGCGCAAGGAGAAAGCCAACUCACCGAAGCCAGGUCCUGAGAAGCCGUCGAGCCCUGUAGAGGAAGUUUUGGCUGCUGAUGCCGAACCGAUGGCAGAUGGCACCUAUGAGACCUUGAUGAACCUCUUUGAAGCCAAGGUCUGUGGACAAGCUGAGGGUGGCCAACGAUUUCAAUGGGCCAAAUGUGGGUGA